AUGCUGACACCGAGUGGUUUGAAGUCGGUGGGAUCAAUGCCCAUCCGUGUCGCCUCCAUUCGGGGCGAGCAGUGCGGAGAAGGCCUGCAGCCUGAAGCAGACUCACAUGAGCUCUGGAAGUCUCGUGGCUCCCUUCAUCUGUGCUGCCAAUGCGAAGGCUUCAAGACUUCAAAUGACCGAGGUACGAACCACCCCGCCAUGUUCCAGCCAUUCUCUUACAUGUCUUUCUCCUUAGUUGCGAGAUCAUCGACUCCCGGGCGGGCAUGGCUUCAUGCAACGCUGCAAACCGCCAAACUCCACAAGCUCCGCCAUAAGCUCCUGAUCCUCCAACCCCACCGCUCUCUGAAAUUCCGCAAUAGUCUACGCUGGAAGAACAUUCUAGUCAGAAACACAAUCGCAUGGGGUGGGACUGCGCAGCAUGGGGCUGCAGGACGCCAGGCAGGAUUCGAGGUGAACCACGUGGUCGAACAGCUCGAGUUGCUCAAAGCUGGGGAAAAUAGCACUGAGAAAGGCCAACUACUGGCCCUGAAUGCCGAUCACAAGGGGCCUACAGAUGGUUUGUACUCCCUGCCGAUCCCCACCCUCCUCUACUGGUUCCACUGGAACAUCAACAAGUUCUGUGUGGGCUUCGAGAGUGUCUACAGCAUCGACGACCGUCAUUUUGUCACGUGGGAACAUACACGCGUGAUGAUGAUGUUUUUGCGCUGCCUGCAAUUCUCGUACGGGGGUGGCCUGAUAGAACGUGUGUCUGGUUGCUGGCGAGAUGUCUGGUCUCGGCCUGAUGCUCAGCGGCCCGACGGUCUGCGCCGGUGUGAAGGUCUGGGGUUCAAGCGUACCAUGGAAGAAUUCGGAUACGCCUGGUUCUUGGACAAGGUCAACUGGGAUACUACGACCUUCCGCCAACCAUCGGCACGGCACAUGAUGUUCAACAGCCCUUCUAUGCAGGGCCAGGAGGCGUACCACGCGCGGUAUAGCCAGAUUCGAGACGUCCGCCUUGUGAUCUUCCAAGGACUACCCAAUGAACCGGGACGUUGA